AUGCUUCCACCUCCAAUUGACCAAUUUUCAAGUUAUGAUGAACUCCUUGCUCAUGUUCGAGCCUUUGUUUUAACUCAAGGAUAUGCUGUAACCAUAAAAAGAACUCGAACUGAUGUAAAUGGCAAAGUCAAGAAUGUGACAUUGUGUUGUGACAGAGGUGGCUCUUAUAGAAAUAGUUUGAACCUGACAGAUGAUUUACGUCAUGAACGUGAAAUAUUAAAUAGAAAUGAUGAUUCAGCUAAUGAAUUAGAUGAAUUAGAAGAAGAGGAGUCUGAAUUGGAAAAUUGGAAAAUAUUAUAA